GGACUCAAGAGUAGCACUUCCUCAACUGCUGCGCAGCCAGGAAGUGGGUGAGGAGAACUGAGGGACCAGGCAGCUCAGAGCCUGGAGGAGGUACUCCAGGGAGGGAGAGGCCUGCUCAAAGGCUGCUCCUGGAGACCUCCAAGCCUCGGGCGGCUCCCAGACACAGACAGGAGGAAGUGAGAGGGCAGGGCCCUCGUCCACCUACUCUCCCGCUCACCCACAGCCAUGGCCUUGGCCCAGCAGCUGCGUUCGGAGAGUGACUUUGAGCAGCUUCCCGACGACGUGGCCGUCUCAGCCAAUAUCGCUGACAUCGAGGAGAAGAGGGGCUUCACCAGCCACUUUGUUUUUGUCAUUGAGGUGAAGACGAAAGGAGGGUCCAAGUACCUCAUCUACCGCCGCUACCGCCAGUUCUAUGCCCUGCAGAGCAAACUGGAGGAGCGUUUCGGGCCAGAGAGCAAGAGCAGCCCAUUUACCUGCAGCCUGCCCACGCUGCCAGCCAAAGUCUACAUGGGUGUGAAGCAGGAGAUCGCCGAAACCCGGAUCCCUGCCCUCAACGCCUACAUGAAGAACCUCCUGAGCCUGCCCGUCUGCGUGCUGAUGGACCCCGAUGUCAGGAUCUUCUUUUAUCAGUCUGCAUACGAUGCAGAGCAGGUGCCCCAGGCGCUCCGCCGGCUCCGACCGCGCACGCGCAAAAUCAAGGGUGUGUCUCCACAAGGCGCUGGCGUGGACCGCAUGGAAGCUCCGAGAGCAGAGGCCCUGUUUGACUUCACUGGGAACAGCAAACUGGAGCUCAGUUUCAAGGCUGGAGACGUGAUCUUCCUUCUCAGCAGGGUCAACAAAGACUGGCUGGAGGGCACAACCCAGGGAGCCACCGGCAUCUUCCCAGGUUCCUUCGUGAAGAUCCUCAAGGACUUCCCCGAGGAGGGCGACACCACCAGCUGGCUGCGCUGCUACUACUACGAAGACACAAUCAAGACCAUCAAAGACAUUGCGGUGGAGGAAGACCUCAACAGCACCCCUCUGUUCAAAGACCUGCUAGCGCUCAUGAGGCGUGAGUUCCAGAGAGAAGACAUCGCCCUCAAUUACCAGGAUGCUGAGGGGGACCUGGUUCGGCUACUGUCGGAUGAGGAUGUGGAGCUCAUGGUGAGGCAGGCCCAAGGCCUUCCCUCCCAGAAGCGCCUCUUCACUUGGAAGCUACAUGUCACCCAGAAGGACAACUACAGUGUCUACAACACGGUGCCCUGAGUCAUUGGGGUCCCUGUAACAAGGAAGGGGUGCUCCUCAAAAGGCCUACCCCCCUCUAAGAACAUGAGCACCUCAGGGAGGCUAGGAUGAGGUGCAAACCUAGGCCAGUGGCUGGUGUGCCCGCUGGACCAGGAUUCUACUAAAAAUUGUUAAAUAAACCAUUUUUUCUUGAA